AUGAUCAUCUACAAGGAUAUCAUCUCCAGUGAGUAGCGCUUCUCUCCCGCUGCAGGAUGGCCGUGUUAGCAGCCGGUGCGAUCUAUAUUACCGAAGUGGGAAAGGGAGUUUUCCUGUCAGAGCGCCGGCCUGGGUCCUCGUGCUGCUGGUGUGGGAGCGCGCGCUGUGACGGGAGCGGCUCGCGACGUCGCGUUCCCAAGCUUCUGGAACGUUCUCUGGCGGGCGCCACACGAGCCCUUCCCGCCGCUCCCCGCGCGGACUCUACCGCUGGAAUCCUUAUUACUCAUGGCACGCGGGCAGGCCACGCUCUCAACGGCCAAUCCUCUCCCCCCGGGGGGCCUCACACCUAACUCAGCAGCACGCGAUCCCGGGUUCUCCCAUCCCCCCCCGCUAGGCCAUGCCGGGGGACUGGGCUUAUUCAGGGGGAAAAUGUUCUGACGUCACGGUCUACGGCGCGUCACUGCCAUGAAAUGGGUGGGGCUGUGGUGCGGUGUGCUGUUACCAGGCAGACUUGGCGCGGAAUGGGGGGGGGGGAGGGUUUGAGAGACUGGGCGGAUUUUUUCUUCUUCCAUCCGUUGGAGAUCUAAUCAGUAACUUUCAAUCGGCAGUCUGGCGGCCGGAUCAGUGGGCUCACACUCCGGCUGUCCUGCUAGAGCCGCGCCGGGUAAUGGCGGCCGGGCGGAGUCCUGCUGCACUGUGCGCGCUCCUCGCCACGUGGGACCCCCGCGCCGGGCAGCAUGGGGGGGGGGGCAUGCUAGAGACAGGAUCCUACUAACAGGGAUGGAAGGGUGUGUUCUACUAGCUGGGGAUCCUGGCUAACGGCAGCCUCUGGCACUCCACAUGCUGUGGACUACAUCCCCCAUAAUACUUACACCCAUAGUGCUGGCACAGCAUCAUGGGAGGUGUAGUCCAAAACAUCUGCAGUGCCGAAGGUUGCCUAUGCCUGGCUUAGCGCAUGCUGUUAUGCUUGGAUCACUGAGGAGCAUUGAAGUCUGAUGGAGACCCGGGUAAGGGGAAAGUGUGAUUUCUGGCAAUGUAACAUCUACUCAAUUGUUCUGGUUGUUUACCAUCCUGCACUUUCAAUUUUUAAAUGUUUCACAAUUCAAUUUUUUUUUUUUUUCUUCUCUUUUAGAAGACGAGAUGUUCUCAGACAUCUACAAAAUCAAAGAAAGCAGUUGUGGACUUUGCUAUGAAGUUGAAGGCAAGGUUAGUGGGUUUUUUUUGCGUAAAUCACUUGACUAGUGCCAAAAUAUUAGCUACCUCAAACACUAAAGUGUACUUUGGACUUUUAUUGUACUUUGUGGGGUGUUUUUUUGUUUUUGUUUUUUGUUUUUUGAGGUGUAGAUGUCAGUAGAAUUUUUUUAGCACUUCUUAAAUAAACCAUGUUACUUCCUGUAUUUGGCUCCGUGGAACUAAAAUCAAAUGAUAGGGAACUGCCUUGUUAAGAACUCGUAGCUGUGCAGGACAGUCUUGACCGCACAGCCACUGACAGUCUGGGUGGGUUUAGAAAGGGAAGGGUGUUAGCAAAGAAUCUGCAGCAUUUGAAAGCUGUUUUUAAUCUUUGCCAAUGGAAUAAUGUGUAAAUGCGUUCACUUUAUGGUGUGUAUGUAAAAUAAACAGUAUUAUCUUUAUAAAAGAAUAUUUUUUGUAUUUGAGUUGUGAAUUUUCUCACUUAAAGGGACACUAUAGUCAACCAGACCACUUCAGCGCAAUGAAGUGUUCUGGGUGCCAGGUCCCUCAGGUUUUAACCCUUCAGAUGCAAACAGUUUCAGAGAAACUGCUGUUUACAUUUGGGAUUAAUCCAGCGACUAGAGGUGCAUCUGUGACGCUGGAGGCAUUUUAUGCGUCAAUAGGAAAGCACUGAAAAUGCUUUCCUAUGGACACUUUGAAUGCAUGUGCGGCCCUGCCACGCAUGCGCAUUCGUCUCCGCUAACGGUGGGGGAGGAGAUGUCGCCCUCAGGGCACUAUGGUGUCGGGAAAAUCGUUGUUUUCCUAACACUAAUGAUCCUGUAAGUAUUUUAUAAAGAUUGAAUCUUUAUGAAAUACUUUUUCUGACUUCUGGAAAUUCACUGGUAUUCUAACCCAGUCAAGAUAUAUAAAGUAGGAACUACUUUGUCUCUGUAGAUUUCCUCCACAUUACUUUCUUAGACACUUUCUGCUGCUACAGUGUAAAUCCCAGUGAGCUCUGUAGAGAUUUGGCUCUUUGGGAAAACCUUAGAGGCAUCCUUCAUACACCGCAAUGCUAUUGGCUCCUGGUUAGAGAACAGACGAAAGGAAGAUGACAUCACUCUUAAGGUUCAAGUAGGUAAACUUUACCUGCCCCACCCAAACCACCCGUGGCAAUGUCAGUCUGGUCUUUGCAAAGUCCUUGGGUAGUGAUGCUUCCAUUUUAAUCUAGGUCGUUUCCACUUCAGCAUUCAUUUCCAAUGGGAAACGUACUGCUAACGUGAAAUAUUGUGGUCACUUGAAAACUACCACCUGGAGUUAUUAAUUGAAGUCUGUUAUACUGCGUGUGUGCUAGCAACUACUAUGGGAGCUAGUCUUAUUGUGAGACAUGGUCUUUGGAGUUUUGGGAACUUUCAUAGACAUCAGUGUUGUACACUCGCUCAUGCUUUAGUACUGCACCGACAUGGCUCUUGGCAGGUUAAGUGCCAGGUGCUAAAGAAAAAAGUAGUGCACACACGGGGAUAGCUUCAGUUAAAUACUACAGCAUCAAAGACACUGAAAGGUGUCCUAGUUACUGUAAGACAAAGUGGGUACUACUUGUGAUAAGUUACUGUAUUAACAAGGCAGAACUUGUAAAUUCAAUGUCUCAUGUGUAUUCUUAUGAAAUGCAUAAUUCAGGGUCUCCUAAAGACCUCUGUACUUCUGCAUGCUCAAGUAACACGUUUAUGUGGAAUGUUGGACUGUUAAUAGCAAAGGACUAGACCUGUGCUGUCAGCGACUUGGCUACAUGUCUUGGGAGGGGGCAAACUUGAUAUAAGAAAUAUGCAACAAAGGGCACAGUUCUUAGACUUCCAUUAAUUGCAUGUGUUUUCUUUUCUUUUAGAUGGUCACUAGAACAGAAGGUUCAAUUGAUGAAGUUCUGAUUGGUGCAAAUGCAUCUGUUGAGUCCCCAGAUGAAGGGUCAGAUUUAACAACCGUCACAGGAGUUGAUAUAGUAUUAAAUCACAAGCUUCAGGAAACUGGCUUCACAAAGGAAUCUUACAAAUCUUAUAUUAAGGGUUACAUGAAACUGUAAGUAAACUUCUAAAGCAUGUAAAUAGUCUGCUCUGAUGGCUGCCUUAAGGGCAAUUUGCAUUUUUAAAAUUCCCUAUUUAGUUGAUAUACCCUUAAUAACUACAUGCAGUUAUGAUGGUACCAUUGCAAGCACUCUCCUUCCUCAGAAGAGAAUUUGGCUCCUUGCAAGCUUAAAACCAAUUAGAAGCCUCUGUUGCAGUGCACAGUGAAAUUCAGUGUUCAGGAAGAUUGCUGGUUUGAUGUGAACUCUGUGAAUGAAUGGGCAGAAGGCAGGCUUGCUCAAGUAGUGUACCUGCCACUUUUGUUUGGAGCGAACAGUAGGGUGCAAACCUCUCCAGCUGGGGAGGUGCUUCUUUAAUAAACUGCCUUUUAUAAAUGGUACAUUUCAAGCACACAAAGCGCUUUAGCCAGUUUAAUUACCUGGUAUGGAGUGGUCCUUUAACCUCUUAAGGACACGUGACAUGUCAUGUUUCCCUUUUAUUCCAGGAGUUUGGUCCUUAAGGUGUUAAGGUGACCUUAUUGGUAGAUGUACUGAUGCAUGCAUCUGACACCAUUCUCUUCACCUCCCAACACCUCGUUCUUAAGGAGCUGUGUUCUUGCAGACUUACAAAGGAUUGUGUGAUUUUUUUUUUUUAAGGAUUUAAUGUCCCUCAGUGCUGGGUCAGGCUCUGCCCACUCUCCUCCCCAGCAUCAGCUGACAGGGGAGACCUAAUGCGCAUGCUCAGCUGUCUGGUAGACAGCCACUGAGUGCAAGCUUAUAGCUGCAAUGUUUUACAUUGCAGCACUAAGUGCAAUGGGGACACUGUAGCCAUUCAACUUCAGUUAGCUGAAGUAGUCUGGGUGCCUACAAUGUCACUUUAAAGCAAAGUGCCCAAAACUGCAAGCUUGGCAGCCUUAAACUUGAAAUUCUGUGAAUUUUCACUUUAGUGAAUAACACUGUUAGAGCAAAUAGAAAAAUGCUAACUCACAGUAUUUAAACAUUUUAUUUAAAAUGCAACAUGAGGCUGGCACAAAAGUGGCAUGGAUAGUACAAACGCCAAUGGUGUUUGAGGUGACAGGCUGAACUGAAUGCAACAUGUCUACAAAUUUAAAGCCGAUUUAACACUUCGCAAAAUUGAUGCUUUACCCAACUGACUACUAUGAUUUUUGUAUAUUGCAUUACAAAUUGUAGAAAAUCUUGGUCGUAUGCUGGGAUUUCAAUGCUGCACAUUCUAUAUUUCAUGUACCUAAAUGUCUAUCUCUAAUGCAAACUGGUAUUGGAGUUAUGCUAUGAUGACUAACUUAGGACACCUUUGGAGGCUUGUUCCCAUGAAACAAAUCUAAAGUCUGAGCACUCAAGUAGACUGCAUUUACAUGUCAGUUGUGUAAUAAAUGCUUUAUUAAAUAUUUCAUUUCCCUUGUUUUAAGAAUCAAAGCCAAGCUUGAGGAAACAAAUCCAAGCCGUGUUAAACCUUUCAUGACUGGUGCUGCAGAGAAAAUCAAAGACAUCCUUGGCAACUUUAAAAACUACCAGGUAAUUUUUUAUUUUGUCUUCCCUUAAUGGCUCUUUUGGUGCGGAGGGUACAUGACUAAACAUUGUUAAAAUGUUGCCUCUCUCCUAAUCCACUAUAAUUUUCAUCUUGGUUUCACAAGUCAGAUAAAGUAGUAACAAUUGGUUCUGUUAGUUCUUUACAGGAGAAGGCAUGAACACAGAGGGCAUGGUGGCUCUGCUUGAUUUCCGUGAAGAUGGUCUGACUCCUUUCAUGAUAUUCUUCAAGGAUGGCCUGGAGUUAGAGAAAUGUGUAAGUUUGAAACUGCAUUCUCUGUUUCAAAACAGCCAUUGUCACGUGAUGUGGUAUCCUUUGUACAAAACCGGGGGGUUACCUUUGUCAUUGUGGUACAUGGUUUGCAUGUACAGUUCAGCAUCCAUUGAUAGACCAUGAGCCCACUUAGUUGCUUUUUGGUUUGCACAGAGAUGCAAUAGAAACUUUCCUUGCGCUUUCUGCCUUGUCUGAUUCUUUGACUUGUCGGUUUGAAUAGAGGAAUACAUGCAUACAUUUGGGUUUGUUUUUGUUUUGUUUUUCCCACACACAAUUAAAUGUUUACCCCUUAUUUAUUUAUUUUUUAUCCUUUUGCAGUAACAAUCACACCUUGGAUCGGAACUGGCUGCUGCUUCUCAUCUAUAAAUCACCUGGAUAACGCAAAGUCUUAAGACUCAAACUGGACUGAUAACAUUGAGCUUCAUGAUUUACUUUGGCCCUAAAUUAUUCCAGUGGAGGCACGUCUUUACAUAUUCACUUUCGUUUAUAGUUGAAAUAAAGUCCAUCGUUCUCCACUGUAGGUAAUGGCUCUUGGUUUCCUACAGUUCAUACCUGAUGACUCUUGA